CUCCCCACUCACUCUCUCAGGGUCAUACAGGCAGGAGUUUAAGGGACCACUUCUGUACGCCAACUCAGCCGGGACGAGCGCAGCCAGCAGGAGGACACACUGGUCAGAGCAACACUGAGGGACGGAAGACCCACCGGAAAAGAUCCAUCUAUACCACUUCCUGGCUGCUCUGUACAUCACAAAGUCUCGUCUUCAAGGCACUGCUACCUGUCUGACAAGCUGUGUGUGUGUGUGUGCGUGUGUGCGUGCUUGUGUGUUUGUGUGCAUGUUGUACGUGUGUUCCUGUCCCACCAAUUAAUGCAUUAGUAUGCAGGGUGUUUGUGUGUCAAACUUGUGCGUGUGCAUAUGUGUGUCUGUGCUCCUCCGCAGUGCUAUUUCACAGCCGCCUACAGAAAGUGACACCUACACGGAAUGCACAGAUGGGUAUCACUGGGACCCUCAGACUGAACACUGCAAAGACAUAAACGAGUGCGAGACCAUUCCAGAUGCCUGCAAAGGGGAAAUGAAGUGCUUCAACCACUACGGAGGGUACCUGUGCCUCCCUCGCUCUGCGUCAGUCAUCCCAGCUCCAGAGCCUGCCAACACGCCCCCAGAGACCUUUAACCCCUGCCCUCUGGGCUACGAGCCGCAGGGAGACAGCUGCGUGGAUGUUGAUGAGUGUGAGCGAGACGAACACGACUGCCAGCCCAGUCAGCAGUGUAUCAACACACUGGGUGCCUUCACCUGCCAGUGUCCGGAUGGUUACCGCAAGGUUGGCACAGAGUGCAUUGACAUCGAUGAGUGCAGGUACAGAUACUGCCAACAUCGCUGUGUCAACGUCCCUGGUUCCUUCUCUUGUCAGUGUGAACCUGGUUUCCAGUUGGCAGGAAACAACCGAUCUUGCAUUGAUGUGAAUGAAUGUGACAUGGGUGCCCCCUGCUCUCAGAGGUGUUACAACACAUACGGUACCUUCCUCUGUCGCUGUGACCAGGGCUACGAGCUGGGGCCCGAUGGCUUCGCCUGUAACGACAUCGACGAGUGCAGCUACUCCAGUUACCUGUGCCAAUACCAGUGUGUGAAUGAACCAGGGAAGUUCUCCUGUGUGUGCCCUGAAGGAUACCAGCUGCUGGGAACCAGACUGUGCCAGGAUAUAAAUGAAUGUGAAACAGGUGAACAUCAGUGCACUGAGACGCAAACGUGUGUGAACAUCCACGGACGAUACCAGUGCGUGGACGCCAACCGAUGCCAAGAACCAUAUGUCCAAGUGUCUGACAACCGCUGCGUGUGCCCCGUCAGCAAGCCCGCCUGUCGAGAUCUGCCUUUCUCCAUCGUCCACCGCUACAUGACCAUCACCUCAGAGCGCUCCGUCCCCUCCGACAUCUUCCAGAUUCAAGCCACCAGCGUCUCUCCGGGGGCUUACAACACCUUCCGCAUCCGCUCCGGUGACGAGAACGGAGACUUCUACAUCAGGCAAAUCAAUAAUAUCAGUGCCAUGCUGGUGCUGGCCCGCGCUGUGUCUGGGCCCAGGGAGUACACGUUGGACCUGGAGAUGGUGUCAGUUAACCCUCUGCUCAGCUACCACGGCAGCUCCGCCCUCAGACUCUCCAUCUACGUCGGGCCGUACACCUUUUAAAGAGGAAGAAGAAGAAGACUGGAGGGACACAGAGAAAAGAUGUAGAGGAAGAGUUGGGAGAAGCACGGAUGCACAAAGAGGAAAAAGAAGCUGUAAAAAGAGGUGGUCGAUGCAGUUCAACCAGUCACUGUGAUGUUACACUCUUAGCUUUUUGUACUUAGUUGUCCAAAGAAAGCCACACAUUUCUGUCAGCCCACCAUAUUAUGUGUAAAAAUAUGCAUACAGUACCGUACAAAUAAAUACAAAUACAUGUAGCAGUAAUGCCUCACAGGCAAAUAACAGCCUUAAAAUAAUUAGUCCAGUCAAAUUUGUUCCUUCGUGUUUAAUCUGUCAUAUGUUUAAUGUUAUUUUUUACUUUACACCUGUCUGACAGCAUCACUCUGUGGUCAGUGUGUAUAAAAAGGGAUUUUUUUUCCUUCAAAUCUGUAUGACAUGUUUUCUGUCUGCCGUCAGGUGGAGUGAUUCACACCCAGCGUCACUAGAUUAAUCUGUUUCUGCCAGUUUACAACCUUAUCUCCAGCUCCACUCUGUUUGUCACUUUAUUCUUGACGGCCUCCAUUCCCUGUUGACAGACGUGAUUCAGUAACCACUCAGAUCAGACCUCAGCAUCCACGCUCCUCCUUCACCCUCCACUGUUCAUUCCUAUGUUCGAGCUCUCCGCAACUGCCAUUUGUUGGAUUGUCACGUUGCUGAUCGUGUUGUACUAUGUUUUUGUUUUUUUUUGUCUAAGAUUUGAACCCAAUUAAAACAAUAUACCAUUA